AUGUCCAAUCGUAUUUACUCUGCGUUGUAUUCCAAAAUAGCAAAUCCACAAAAUUCUUCAGAGGAUUCUGCUUUGUUACCUGGACCAUUACUCAGUUUUUUAAAGUCAAAUAAUACAGAUGGAUCACAGAACUCCAAUAAAGAAUCUAUAACUCCCACUGAAAUUGAGGCACAAGGUCGUCUUACAUCUUGGUUUUAUCAAGCUGAUGCUGAUCCUUUAAUGCUUAAAGGCAUGUCUCGACAGCAGCGUCUUAUGGGUUUUUUCUUAUGUCUUCUUUCAGCAUCGUUAUGUCUUUGUUUGGCGAUGCUUUUCUUGCCAGUUAUUGCAACGCCUUUUGGUAUGCGUAAAUACGUACUGUUGCAUACACUUGGUAGUAUUUUAUUAAUUGGGAGUUUUUCAUUUCUUUGGGGUCCAUGGAACCACAUUAGAAGCUUAUUUAGCGCUGAGCGCCUGUUUUUUACUUUAAGUUAUUUAGUCAGCUUACUUGGUGGCUUAUAUGCUGUGGUUGUGUGGCAGAGUGCCGUAUUUUCAGCUUUGGCCUUGAUCUCCCAAAUUUGUUUAGUUGUAUGGCAAAUUAUUGCCACUAUACCUGGAGGUAAAAUUGGCUUGAACGCUUUCUUACGUGGUAGUUUGUGGACAGUAAAAGGGAUUUCUAAAGGUCUACCUGUUUAG